AGAGGGGGAGGCCGAGCACUGCGGCAUGCCUGGAGGAGCACAGCCUAGAGGAGUGCGGUGUGCCUGUCGACGCGGUCCUUGUGCCACUGAGGGAGGCCCUCGACGCCUGCCGCUCCACGGUGCAGNNNCAAGUGUGCGACGACAUCGGGCGGCGGCUGACGGUGCUGGGGGAUGUGUGGGCUCAGGGGAAGCUGUCAGCCCCAGUGAGAAAGAGGAUGAACCUCCUGGUGCAAGAGCUCCAGCAACGGCACUGGAAUGCAGCUGAUGAGAUCCACCGCUCGCUCAUGGUGGACCAUGUGAAUGAGGUGAGCCAGUGGCUGGGGGGGGGCAAACGCCCGAUCGAGCAGCAGGAUUACAGGACUCCUGAGCAAGGCCAUGGCAGCUUCAGGCUUGGCCAAGGGGCUCUGGCCCUGGCAGGGUGUUCUCAGCCCACAAGACAUGAAGGGAAGAGGAAUACCCCUAGCAGCACCCCCAGCAUCACCCAAGGUUGA